AUGCGCAGAGCGUCGCGGUGCUUCUAGAAUACCGAACCGUCCGUGUGCUUCUAGCGCCGUGUUGCCGUUUAGCCAAACCGGUGUGUCCCCCGCGCGGACGUCCGAGACUCUGCGCGAACCCUCUGCGGUCCAGCAGUCACCGAGAGACGCGGAGCCGCGGCGCGGCCCGAGGACACGGACUAUGUCUGCGAAUAAAACAAAGAAAGUCAAAAUGGCUACGAAGUCUUGUCCUGAAUGCGACCAACAGAUUCCCGUUGCGUGCAAGUCCUGUCCAUGUGGUUAUGUGUUUAUCAGCAGGAAGCUUCUCAAUGCCAAAUUAAAUGAGCGCUCCUCUCCAGCUAUAGCAGACAAGCUGGACUUCAAGCGGAGGAGGACGGAACGCAUCCGCAGAGAAAGGAUAGACUCCUCUUUAACCAGCGACAUGGAGAACAGGAGACGGUCCCGAGCCAACAGUCAAUCGGAUCCCAUUCGGAGGGGGCGGGGCAGACCCAAAACAGUGGGUCUGAAGAAGCAGGAGGAGGAGAAAGAGAAGCAAGACAAGGAGGUGGAUAUCUACGCCAGUCUGUCAGACGAGAAGGCCUUCGUGUUUUCUGUGGCCUUGGCUGAGAUCAACCGUAAGAUCUUGGGUCAGAGACUCAUCUUAUAGAUUAGGGCCUGAAUGUCCUGGCACAGAGGACCUGUCACAGAGAAACUAUCCAACAGCAAGAGGACGACCAAAGAAGGCUGACCGGAGCAGAACUCUGAUCUGGAAGUCGUUCGCUCGGUGAUGGGAAGAGAUCCAGAAGCUGCUGGAGCUGCAGACUGAAGCAGAGUCAUGGGGAGAUCACAGCUCUUUUGCACCAUGUAUUAUAAACCCACCACACACACACAUGUAAACAUGUUUCUACAGUAUGCAGUGUGUGUUGUAACGUUAUACAGUGAUAUUUCCUAACUCCUCUGCAGAUACAAAAAUCUAAAGAAAUACUACAUUCAUCUGGAAUAAUGGAGCUUAACGUUAAUUGGAGGGACCCAGAUUUAAUGUCAGCUGUGCACUUUCUUAUUAACUGGAGAGGCAAUAAAACUGAUUAUUAGAUUGCUAUUGCUAAGUGAUGUUCUAUGCACAGUACACACAUGUAUUUAUUACUUGAACAGAUGAAGUUCAAUUCACCUUGAUCUCAAUUGGACCUGGGAACAAAAAGUGCAAUCGCCUAAAGAUGGUGUCCAGCUUUCACAGUUUUAUAAAGGAAGUCAGAAGCGCUGAUGUAGUGAAUUCUUAUAAAAUAAAUGAUUUUAAGCAGUCUG